CGGACAACACAGAGGAGCUGCAACCGCAGGGUUUCAAGCACGAACGCCGUCUGCGAAUAUCGUGACGAGGCGGUUUUGCAGGGGGCUGGUCGAGAUGACGACGCAGGAGACGCGCUGGAGAAGCUCAAGGCGGUACUCUGCUUGUCAACGGAGGCCAGUGAUGAUAAUCGAGGCUGGAUAUUGAACAUUAUAGCUUGUCCUUUUGCGGCUGCGGUCGAAGCAUGUGGGAGAAACAUCAAACUCAAUGGUUCUGUUGAAUGCUCGAAAGCAGAAGCUCAUCUUGUCAAGAUGAACAUGCCCACCCAUCAGAUUUAGCGGUGAUGACUGUGCUGGCUGCUCGAGCAGAUCUCACCUCCCCAUCUUCCGUUAUUGUCUGCCCAGUUUUUCCAUUUGAUCAUCUCAGUUUUGUUCGGCCAAAUCAUGGGAACCGUCUCGGCGGGCGUCCAAGACAGGAAUGUCUCUGUUUCAAGACGGAUAUGGAACUGGAUGACGCAAGGAGGGCCACGGAACGGGCUCCGCAGCUCUCAGCACGGAGGACAAGAUCCGGAUUGCAGAUAAAAAGCGUGCCAAGAACUCGGGGACGACACGCAAAGUAGCAAGGAUGAAACAGGGAGUUACUGUCGACUGUCCUUACCUGCUUCACAAUGCCUUCUAUUUGACUGAUUUGGACGCGUAGCCCUACAACAAGACUCGGGCACUUUGAUUACCGCUGAAGUCCACAACGCAAACUGUGGCCCUGCAACAUGGUACGAUUUUCCAUUUCUCCCCCGCCUUUUUUUUUUUUGGACCUUUCUUUGCCUUGCCAAGGCUUUGAUUUUUCCGUCAGGAGAGAGGCUUCGUCGACACCGACAAAAAUAUUUAUCGCCACCCGCCUUGCACCCUCACCUACCUCCAGUUCUCUGAGAGUCGAGUUGGUAAGCUCCUGCGAGUCCAUUCAAAGGAUAAGCAUGAGACGAGACGCUCCAACGUGCAUAUCAACUACACAGGACCUUCGUCCCCACUGCAGCUGUACUCCGAUGACGGUGUCGAUGGACAGAAGUGAUGCGCGUGACUUUGGGCCCAACUAUUGGGAUACCGAUUAUGUGAAUCUUCGAGGAAUACAAAGAACAAAAAAACAAACUCUUUUGAUGGUCACCGAUGGAAAUCGAUUGAUGAUGGUGAAAGUGCUUCGACAACCAGACGGGGUUGAACAGGAAACCGGGGAACGCCAGAGGGCCGCUGUCAAAGCAGAGGUGAUGUAUUCACCUCCUGCUUGCAUGUUCAUUUCCUGGACAUGUUUCUCCACAACAUUUGUAAGGCGGGCCAAGAUUGCGGUGGUGUGUUGUCUCAGAUUCAGGAGAAGCUAUGUCAGCGAGGCGCGUUCUCGUUCCGGCUUCGACGAACAUACUUUACAGGCUUACGAGCUGGCGCCGCAUUGCGUCGCGGUCUGCUUCUUCUUUCCACCAGCCCUGCGUCGGCACAGCUAGGAGCAAUGAAGAAAAUGCUGAUAUUAACUGGGAUGACCUUGGGUUUGGUCAUGUACCAACUGACUAUAUGUAUGUAAUGAGAUGUUCUCGAGAUGACAAAUUCUCAUCCGGAGUCCUCAAUCGGUAUGGAAAUAUUGAAUUGAGCCCGUCGGCAGGGGUCCUCAACUACGGGCAGGGUCUAUUUGAAGGUCUGAAAGCAUAUCGGAAACAAGACGGUAGUGGUUUCUUGCUCUUUCGGCCAGAAGAGAAUGCACGCCGAAUGCAAAGGGGUGCAGAGAGGAUGUGCAUGCCAUCUCUGUCAGUUGAGCAAUUCAUUCAUGCUGUCAAAGAGACAGUAUUGGCCAAUAAACGAUGGGUGCCUCCUCAGGGAAAAGGUUCUCUCUAUAUCAGACCACUACUAAUAGGGAUUGGACCUGUGCUUGGUUUGGCUCCAGCACCAGAUUACAUGUUUCUUAUCUAUGCUGCACCAGUGGGAACAUAUUUUAAGGAGGGUUUAGCUCCAAUCAAUCUAGUUAUAGAUGACAAGAUUCAUCGUGCCACUCCUGGUGGAACUGGUGAUGUGAAGACAAUUUCCAAUUAUGCACCGGCUUUGAAGGCACAGACAGAAGCUAAGACUAAAGGAUUUACGGAUGUUAUAUAUCUUGAUUCUAUUAAUAAAAAAUAUCUGGAGGAAGCUUCUUCAUGCAAUUUAUUCAUUGUGAAGGGUGAUGUCAUCUCAACACCAGCAACAAUGGGAACCAUUUUACCGGGGGUUACACGUAAAAGCAUGAUCGAAAUUGCUAUUGACUAUGGCUACCGGGUUGAGGAACGGCUCGUCUCUCUCGAGGAUUUGCUCGAUGCUGAUGAAGUAUUUUGCACAGGAACCGCUGUGGUUGUUGCUCCAGUAAGCAGCAUUACUUAUCAAGACCAAAGAUAUGAAUACAAAACAGGAACUGAGACUGUCACUCAAAAACUAUACAACAUCCUCACAGCAAUUCAGAUGGGCCUGGUAGAAGACAGGAAAAAUUGGACAGUUGAAAUCAAAUGAGGCCCAAAUCUUUUGCUACAUUAGCAGAAACACACUAGACAUGUGCAUGUGCUGUUAUAUUGGACUAUAUUCAGUGUUGGAAUCUUGUUCUCAAGACACUGUUUGUUUGUUAAUUAUUAUGCUUGGUAGAUUAUCUUGGCAUGUGAGCAUUAGUGAGUAAAUUUGAAACCUGGAUGUAGUUAUCCAAGUGAUGUUGAGAAUUUGAAAUGCAUGUUAUGGCCUAGAUAUGAGUUUGUAA